GUCGGUUUGAAAAGAGCAGACAAAGGCUUGGAGUGCAGGACGCCUCUCGCCUCCUUCGCAACAAUCUGCCUCCGGAGUCUUUUUCUUCGCCGCUCCGCCUCGCCAUGGAACAACUACUCGGAGUCGGUCGUGUCGCUCUGAUUUCGACUUUCCGCCUCUGAAAUGCACGAGCGUCUGGAUCCGCGCUCGGCCGAGAGUGGACGCCUUUUUGCGGCCAGAAUACAAGAAGGGAGCGUCGUGUGAGGAAGGGAGAGAGAGAGAGAGAGAGAGAGAGAGAGAGAGAGAGAGAGAGAGAGAGAGGAAGGUUUGACGCCGUUUCCUCCUCGCCUCCGCCUCCUCCUCCUUCUUCCUUUCGCCCCCUUCUCCUCCUCUUUUUUCUCUUUUUUUUUGUGGCGGAGGCAGGAAUCAACGCUUUUUGGGCUCUUUUGCCUCGCUUCUGUUCAAUGUGACUGCGCCAGCACACCGGCUCACGUUGUGCUCAAGAGUUGGAUCGAUUGACUUUGAGUGUGAAGGAAGAGCAACAGAAAAGAAAAGUCAGUUGUUUUUUUUGGUUUUUUUUUAAGGGGGGAGUUAGCCGGGACUGUUGCUACUUUUUGUAAUUGAAAGAGAAGAGGUGCUUUUUUUUCUUUCUUUCUUUUCUUCUCAGCCGCGGGGGUGUGGAGUAUUAAUUUUUAUAUGCCUGGGUUUUGAAAUACAAUGGAGACGCACAUUUCGUGCCUCUUCCCGGAAAUUUUGGCCAUGAUUUUCAGCUAUCUGGACGUGAGGGACAAAGGCAGGGUGGCCCAAGUGUGCCUGGCUUGGAGGGACGCAUCCUACCACAAGUCAGUGUGGAGGGGUGUGGAGGCCAAGCUGCACCUCCGGCGGGCCAAUCCCUCGCUCUUCCCCAGCCUCCAGGCCAGGGGCAUCCGGAGGGUCCAGAUCCUGUCCUUGCGCCGCAGCCUGAGCUACGUGAUCCAGGGGAUGCCCAACAUCGAGUCCCUCAACCUCUCGGGCUGCUACAACCUCACAGACAACGGGCUGGGCCACGCGUUCGUGCAGGAGAUCCCGUCGCUGAGGGUGUUGAACCUGAGUCUGUGCAAGCAGAUCACCGACUCCAGCCUGGGCCGGAUCGCCCAGUACCUGAAGAACCUGGAGGUUCUGGAGCUGGGCGGCUGCAGCAACAUCACCAACACGGGACUGCUGCUCAUCGCGUGGGGCCUCCACCGCCUCAAGAGUCUCAACCUGAGGUCCUGCCGCCACGUCUCGGACGUGGGCAUCGGGCACUUGGCCGGCAUGACCCGCAGCGCCGCCGAGGGCUGCCUGAGCCUCGAGUACCUGACCCUCCAGGACUGCCAGAAACUGACGGACCUGUCCCUCAAGCACAUCUCCAAGGGGCUCACCAAGCUGCGGGUGCUCAACCUGAGCUUCUGCGGCGGCAUCUCGGACGCCGGCAUGAUCCACCUCUCGCACAUGACUUCCCUGUGGAGCCUCAACCUGCGCUCCUGCGACAACAUCAGCGACACGGGCGCCAUGCACCUGGCCAUGGGCACGCUGCGCCUCUCGGGCCUGGACGUGUCCUUCUGCGACAAGAUCGGCGACCAGACGCUGGCGUACAUCGCCCAGGGGCUGUACCAGCUCAAGUCGCUGUCGCUGUGCUCGUGCCACAUCUCGGACGACGGCAUCAACCGCAUGGUGCGGCAGAUGCACGAGCUGCGGACGCUCAACAUCGGCCAGUGCGUGCGCAUCACCGACAAGGGGCUGGAGCUCAUCGCCGACCACCUGACCCAGCUGGCGGGCAUCGACCUGUAUGGAUGUACCAAGAUCACCAAGAGGGGGCUGGAGAGGAUCACGCAGCUGCCCUGCCUUAAAGUGCUCAACCUGGGACUCUGGCAGAUGACAGAGAGUGAGAAAGUCAGGUGAUUGGAGUUGGAGGACAGAGUGGUCAUUUGGGAGUGGGGGUGGGGGGGGCUUCACCUGCAACCCCCCCCGCCCCCCUGCACACACACACACACACACACACACACUGUCAGCAAAAGUUCACAAAUCCAUAAUAUUGAGUUUUAAUAUCGCAGAUGCAAUUUCAUACAUCGCCCCAAACUGCGCCAUUAAGUCCCCCCCCCCCCCAGUCCCGCCACAGUCUGAAGAAAAAAACAUUCGGCUACCUCGUAUGUGCUUUUCCAAAAAGAAAGAAGGAAAGCCAGAAAAUGGGAGAAAAUGUGCCUCGAGGGACCGUGUGUGUGUGUGUCGCCCCCUCCCCCAUCGUCCCCUCCACGAGCAGAAAAAAAUCCAACUACCUUUUUGUUUAUUUCCCCUCGCAACUAUUUCACCACCGACGAUUGAUUUUCAAUCUAAUGAUCAUCCAACUGAUGCAUUAUGCAAACGCGCUCGAUGUGUGCGAUUUGUUCUUCCCCCACCCCCGACCCCCCCAAAUCAAAACAUGGCGAAAGUUGCCAAAACAUGAAGCUUCAGGUAUUUCGGUCAAAAGGUGGAGGCGCGGGGGACAAAUGUCAGUCAAUGUUGCUUCAAAUUGAAGUGAUUUAGAUAUUGUUUUACCCUAUUUUCUCAAUUGAAAUGAAUCAGGGUUCCAUGUUCUUUUUUUGUGUGUGUGUAAGGAGGGAUGUUCUCUCUCUCUCUCUCUCUCUCUCUCUCUCUCCUCAUUCUCUCCAUCCCUCCCCCGGAUAAAAAUACCCCGAGCCCAUUCGGAGACAUGCUUGGAAUAAGGAGCAAUCGAUUAUUUUUCUUGCUCUCUCCGCUUCUCGAGUUGCAAGCUCGGGCCACAUCUCUCUCUCUCUCUCUCUCUCUCUCACUGUCGCACUCGUAAUGUGUGUGCGUUUGUGCGUCUGUGUGUGUAUGUGUGUGUGUGCAUUUCUUUUGAUGUAAUGCAAUGACCUGCUCGAUACAUGAACAUGCGGAUGUGCGUCCUGCUGAAACAGCUGAAGAAGAAGAGAGGAAAAAAAAGAUGUACUGUAUAUUAUGUUUGUAAAGAUGUUAAAAAAGAGAGAACAUGCAGAAUCCCAAACUUAAAAUUGUUUUAUAUUCUUACAAGUAAAAACAAUUAAAGAUAUUUAUAUAAUGAACCAAAAGCGCCUUUU